CAACUGUCGAUUGGCAGUCAGCUGUGUUGCUUUGCCUGCUGAAUGUCGAAUCGAAAAGCAUAUAUUCAUAAAUAUAAAUUUCAAUUUACCUAACGUUUCACAGACAGCCGGUUUCAAAUUCACAAAUACAAAGACCACAAAUGGAUUCGAAUUUGCGUAAUCUAAAAGAUUUCCUCACAUUAUACAACAAAGUGACUGAGCUGUGCUUCAAUCGCUGUGUCGACAAUCUCAGUCAGCGCGAACUAUUCGACCAGGAGAAAACCUGCGUGGAUCGAUGUGUCACAAAGUUUGCGCGUUUCAAUCAAAGUAUGAUGAAAUCCUAUGUUGAUGUGCAGACCAAAAUCAAUGCGAAGCGCAUGGAAGAGGCGGAACAAGCGGCCAAAUUGAUAGCGGAACAGCAGCAGAAGGAGGUGGUCACAAGUGUUGCGCCCGCUGUGAGUUUGUAGCAUCUGCACGAACCCGAUUUCAAUUUGCUCUUUGCAAUACUAGAUAGUUAAAUACCAAAAAAGAAAA